AUUCAACACUUGUGGACUUGCACCAGUGAUGGCUCUGGUCGAGGGGCAGCGAGUCAAUGUCACCGGGGGGAAGUAUGCAGGAAAAGUCGGUACCGUCACAGCCUUGACCCCAAAGAUGGUGAAGCUUGACCUGGACGGGCAGGAGGUGACUAUCAUGCAGAGCAGCGUCAAGCCGAUGCCAAGCGAUCCAACAUCAGCCCCCGAACCCGAGUCGAAAGUGGUUCCAGAUCGGAGCCCAGUGGGGUACCCAGCUGAAGCGAGCAAAACGGACGAGCAGAAGAAAUUGAACGAAGGGGAUCGAGUGGCCAUCACAGGAGGCAAACAUCAAGGAGAGACUGGCGUGGUGGAGAAAUGGAACAAGAGCAAGGCAACGAUCAAGCUGGAUGGCAAUCACAAUGAUAAAUCAGUCCAAGUGGAACAUCACUAUGUCAGUUUCGGGAGUUCUUGCCCCACCAGCGUAGCCACCACGGCGCCGCAGACUCCUUUGGAGGAGUUUUUUGAAGACAAUGAUGAACCACAAAGCUUCUCCAUUUACGAAAGAGUGAAGAAGAUCAUUUUGGGAGAUGACAAAAAAACUGAAGAGUGCUUUUUGGACUAUCACUUUAGCGCCCGCACGGUCAUUAUGGAGAAGGGCUUGGGCCGAAAAGGAUUUGAGCCUCCGUCCAAAGUCAUCAAGCACCAUGGAGACCUUCUGCACUUGGUCAGCGUGAAAGUUGAGAAAGACGGUCUCCACUUCUGGGGCGGCCCCAAAUAUUGCAUUCGGUGCGCCUAUGUGAAGGAAACUCCUGGGAGGGCCUUGGAGGACGAGUUUGAAGAACUUGCAAGUUUCUCAGAUUUGAAAAGUGCUCGCAAAGUCGCCUCGCGCUUGGAACUUCUGCAAAGCCCUGGGCACGUCGUGAGCGGCUUCACAGCUGCUAACUUGGAAGCCAUUCCUGAACCUUUGACCAAAGCUUCGGGAGGCUGUGGCUUCAUUAAUCAACGAGACCUGCAGCGGCUCACAGAGCAUUUGGGGACGAGAACUGAGAAAUUUAAGGCAGCGACCAGUGUCCAAGUGCGCAUCUUUGGGGCAAGAGUCGGAGUUCUGAAGGGCGUCUUAACUUUGAAGGAAGGGAUUGAGAAGAUCCAAUUUGCCAAGGAGUCUAUGCAGAAGGUGGGCCCCAGCCGCAUCUCUUCGGAUGACCAAGUGUGGGUGGUGGUGACCAAAGUGUUUCCAUCAGCAACGGGCCUGCAGAUAGGCAAAUGGUUGAAGACUGGUCGUCCACAGAAGGCUCUGAAGGAGAAGCAAAAGAAGUUGUCACCCAUGGUGGAACGAGUUCUGAAGAGCUUGGAGAUAUCCUCCGAAGAGCUUGAAAGACACAAGAAGGAGGAGUUCCGGCAGGAGGCCUUCGUGGUGGGCGUGGCAGAUCCCACGGGGCAGCUGCCGGAGGGGCAGAUCUUCAUCUCCGGUUUGCAGGAGCAGCUUUUGAGUCAAGGCAUGUCCGAAGUGCUGGUGACCCGUUGCCCAUGCGUUCGCCCGAGCGAUGGCAAGCGACUGCGUGUGGUAACCUGUCGUCCGCCAGGGAUGGCUGAAGAAGCUUGGCGCUUUUUGACGUCCCGCUCCUUUGGCGAAGUGAUCUUCCCCCGUGCCAGCGAUGUGGGGCUGCCGGAGCUGAUUGCUGAAGGAGAUUUGGAUGGGGACCUCUACUGGAUCUGUUGGAAUGCCAAGCUCGUUGCCACUACCCAGCCAGACGAAGUGACUGAAGCCGAAGGGGCCGAAGCCCCACCCACGCUGGCGGGCCGUGGGCCGCCAUUGGGUGGUGGAUGGUUGAAGGCAGCGCAGCUUCACAUGUUGGCCGGAGAGGUGCUGAAGGAAGGGCAGCUGAUUGGUCGCAUCUACCGCGCUGCUGAGAAGCGUGCCAUCGACCAUGGCCUUCGAGAUCCUGAUGCUCAGGCGUUGUUUCGCGCCUAUGUUCAAAGCAUCGACACUGGAAAGCAUGGCAAUAGCAUUGAGAUCCCGCAGCACUUGCGGAAGGAAGUGGGAUUGCAGUGAUCAAGAUCCAAUGACCGGCGCGCAGGUCGUUUGGAGAUGAAAGGUCUGACCGAUUGGAGGUCCC